AUGAACAGACCGGUCGAACAGGAUCAGUGAGGUGGUUCCUCCUAGAUCCCUGGGAACAGCCCCCUCCGCUUGUUUACUGUCACUUCUCCCAUGACUUUAACCUUGCCAAAGCAGCACGGUGUGCGACUUACCUACCUGAGAUGGGACAAUGACAGUGUCAAAUGCCACCUCUCUGUGUCCCAGUGGACCAAACACUGGCAAGCCACACGGUCCAUGCCAAAUAUUACUCCUCAGCUCUGGCAAGCCACAUGGGCCAUGCUAAAUAAUACUCCUCAGUUCUGGCAAGCCACACAGGCCAUGCCAAAUAAUACUCCUCAGUUCUGGCAAGCCACACGGGCCAUGCUAAAUAAUACUCCUCAGUUCUGGCAGGCAACAUGGUCCAUGCCAAAUAAUACUUCUCAGUUCUGGCAAGCCACACGGGCCAUGCUAAAUAAUACUCCUCAGCUCUGGCAAGCCACACGGUCCAUGCCAAAUAAUACUCCUCAGUUCUGGCAAGCCACACGGUCCAUGCUAAAUAAUACUCCUCAGUUCUGGCAAGCCACACGGUCCAUGCUAAAUAAUACUCCUCAGUUCUGGCAAGCCACACGGUCCAUGCUAAAUAAUACUCCUCAGUUCUGUCUUACCUUUGUUAUUAUUCUCUCAGUUUUCUGAUUGGUUGCACUCUUUGUUGUUUUUUACUGUGUUUAUGGGGAUGAUCUGUGUUGUCUUGUGUGAUGAGUGUUGUCCUACAUGGAAUGUGUGCUGCACUUUGUGUGUGAUCUCAGGCCUGUGUGGCGCAAUCACAGCGGAACAAUAAAAUCAUUUGACUCAUCC